GAGUACAAACUGGGAGGGGAAGUGGUCCAACUGGUUGGUUCACAGCAUCAUUUCCUUGUUAUGAGUCGGACUGUUUGGUGUGGCUCACGUCAUUACAGCAGGAAAAAGACUAAGGUACUGUACUCAACUCUAAUCCCUGACAUAUCAUAAAUAUCUAUCACAUAUAUAUCAUCAAAAGGAAGAUUGCUAUUUUUAUGUAAACAAGUACUGCUAAACAUUAUUAUUAAAUGUGUCAGGUUAAUACACUAAUGUUUGAACUGCAGUGUUCCUGAAACCUCUCACUGUUAGAAGUUAAUCUGUUAGAAAAUGUAGCCGAUUCUAAAAAAUAUACAGUUAUAUAUGUAUUGUUAUGAUGAUAAUAUUAUUAUCAUUAACAUUAUUAUGAGGUGCAUUAUACCGUUUUUGCAUCAUAAUGUGUCAUAUCAUUAUUAGUCAGGAAGACAUCUUUGUUAGUGAAGUUGUUUAAAGAUCAUGUUGUUCUGGUUCUUGUUCUCUGUGUGCCUUUUUCACAGCUCUGGUUGUAAUGUCAUAUGACACGAGGAAGGCCAUAUAUGGUCCUGCCUUCAGAGUGGUUUAACCAGCACAGGGAACAGUUGGUAUGAUUUCCGCAUUGUGAACUUGAUCUUGAUCAGACACAUUUGAAGCCCUUAGAGACCAUCUGAGUGGUUUGAUGAAUAGUUAUUAAAUAGUUAUUAAUCAAUAGUUAUUGGAAACAUCUUAUGUUGCCCUUAUUGAGAAUGAGGGGGUCUAUGAAUCUGCAUCUAGGAAAGACCACCCUGCCUCACAGCCCCCUGGGACCGGCAAUAAGCACCUUACAUAAAAACAGAGUAAACCAACGCUGAACUGCCAUAGAAACAAUAUGGAGUUGUGUUUGUGUCCAGGUCUCCAGUCUACUAUGGAUGAGGAGAGGGAGGAGGGGGCUCCUACCUCUAAAACCACUCUGUCUGGGGGACCUGGCCGCCAUAGCAAAGCUGAGAGCCCAAAGCAGCAGGAGAGAGCAGACUCCCCUGGACCAAGCUGUGUCUCCAUGAAGAGUGACUGGUCUAUUAAUAAACCUCCUGACCUUAAAGAUGGAAAUCUUGAGAAGAGAAGGAGGCAGGAGAGAGCAGAGUCCCCUGGACCCAGCUGUGUCUCCUUGAAGAGUGACUGGUCUAUGGAAAAACCUCCUGACCUUAAAGAUGGACGCCCCUCCAGAGAGAAGAGCCCAGAGCUGCAGGAGAGAGCAGACUCCCCUGGACCCAGCUGUGUCUCCUUGAAGAGCGACCACUCUAUAGAUCUUCCUGUUAGUUUUAAAGAUGGACGCCCCACCAGAGAGGAGAGCCGACCACAGGAGAGGUCAAAGGUUACCAGUGCUCAGUCCUUACAGCAGAAUCAAACGGAGCUGAUCAAGAGGGCUGAGGAGAACGCACACGCUUUUCUAGACAAGGAGCUGAAGAAGCUCUGGAGGGAUCUCUUCUCAGAUUACCCACAAUGCUCAGAGAGUCAGAGGGAGGAGGAGGAUGUGGAAGUUGAGAAUGAGGAGCAGAGGAGGCGUGCCAUAGACGGAGUGGUAGACAUCACAAAGCUCUGCCUAAUGGAGAUGAACCAGGAGGAAUUGGCCAACACACUGGGGAGUGGAGCUGUUGCUGUCCAGUACCAACAUAAACUCAAGUCUCAUCUGAGGAAGAAGAUCCAGUGUGUGUUUGAGGGAAUCGCUAAAGCAGGACAGCGAACACGUCUGAAUGACUUCUACUCAGAGCUCUUCAUCACAAAGAGAGGCAGUGGAGAGGUCAACCAGGAACAUGAGGUCAGACUGAUUGAAAAAGCCUCCAGGAGGCAAGCCAAUGAGGAAACACCAAUCAGAUGUGAAGACAUCUUUAAACCCUUACCUGGACAAGAUAAACCACACAGAACAAUAAUGACAACCGGAGUAGCCGGUAUUGGUAAAACCGUCUUAACACACAAGUUCACACUGGACUGGGCUGAGGGCAAAGCCAACCACGAAAUACACUUCACAUUUCUCCUCACUUUCAGAGAGCUGAAUUUACUGAAAGGGAAAGAGUUUAGCUUGGCGGAUCUUCUUCAUCAGUUUUCUGUUGAAACCAAAGAAGCAGGAAUCUACGGAUACAACCAUGACCAAGUAGUCUUCAUCUUGGAUGGUCUGGAUGAGUGUCGACUUCCUCUGGACUUCCAGAACAACCCGAACUGGACUGAUAUCACAAAGCCGACCUCAGUGGACGUGCUGCUGACAAACAUCAUCAGGGGAGACCUGCUUCCCUCCGCUCGUAUCUGGAUAACCACACGCCCUGCGGCAGCCAAUCAGAUCCCUGCUGAGUGUGUUGACAUGGUGACCGAGGUGAGAGGGUUCACCGACCCACAGAAGGAGGAUUACUUCAGGAAGAGAUUCAGAGAGGGGACACUGGCCAGCACAAUCAUCUCUCACGUCAAGAAAUCUCGAAGCCUCCACAUCAUGUGUCACAUCCCAGUCUUCUGUUGGAUCACUGCUGCAGUUCUUGAGGACAUCUUCAAGACAUCCCAGAGAGGAGAAGAGGUGCCUAAGACCGUGACUCAGAUGUACAGCCACUUCCUGAGGGUUCAGUCCAUACAGGGGAACAGGAAGUAUCAUGGGAGAGCUGAAACUGAUUCACACUGGAUUUCGGAGAGCAGGGAGAUCAUUGUUUCUCUGGGGAAACUUGCUUUUAACCAGUUGGAGAAAGGCCAGCUGAUCUUCUACGAGGCAGACUUGGCAGAGUGUGGCAUCGAUAUCAGAGCAGCCUCAGUGUACUCAGGAGUGUUCACCCAGAUCUUUAAAGAGGAGUGUGGGCUGUACCAGGACAAGGUGUUCUGCUUUGUCCAUCUGAGCAUUCAGGAGUUUAUGGCUGCCCUUUAUGUAUUUCUGUCCUACAUCAACACUGGUGUCAACUUGCUCUCAGAAGAACAGCCAGCCUCCAGGGAAGAUGAACUCCUCCUCCUCUACCAGAAUGUUGUGGACAAGGUCUUAAAGAGUGAGAACGGACACCUGGACUUGUUCCUCCGUUUCCUCCUGGGCCUCUCUCUAGAGGCCAAUCAGAUUAUCCUACUGGAUCUGCUCGGACCAAGAAGAAAUGCAUUAAUGGGCAAUCUAACUAAAAAAGUCCUGCCCGUACAGACAGGAAAAAGGUCACGGAGAAAUACCCAAAUAGUCCAUUACAUUAAGGAGAAGAUAGGUGGAGAACUCUCUCAAGAGAGAAGCAUCAAUCUGUUCCACUGUCUGAAUGAGCUGAACGACCGUUCUCUAGUGGAGGAGAUCCAACUGUACCUGACAUCAGGAAGUAUCUCCACAGAAUCUCUCUCUUCUGCUCAGUGGUCAGCUCUGGUCUUCAUCUUACUGACAUCAGAAGUUGAGCUGGACGUGUUUUACCUUAAGAAAUACUCCGCUUCUGAGGAGGGUCUUCUGGGGCUGCUGCCAGUGAUCAAAGCCUCCAAAACAUCUCUGCUGAAUGGCUGUAAUCUAUCCGAGAGAUGCUGUGAAGCUCUGGCCUCAGUUCUCAGCUCCAACUCAUCUAGUCUGAGAGAGCUGGAUCUGAGUUCCAAUGAUCUGCAGGAUUCAGGAGUGAAGCUGCUCUCUGCUGGACUGGGGAGUCCACACUGUACACUGGAAGCUCUCAGGCUCAAUGGCUGUAAGCUGUCAGAGGGAUGCUGUGAAGCUCUGGCCUCAGUUCUCAGCUCCAACUCCUCUAGUCUGAGAGUGCUGGACCUGAGUAACAAUGAUCUGAAGGAUUCAGGAGUGAAGCUGCUCUCUGCUGGACUGGGGAGUCCACACUGUACACUGGAAACUCUCAGGCUGAGUGGCUGUAAGCUGUCAGAGAGAUGCUGUGAAGCUCUGGCCUCAGUUCUCAGCUCCAACUCCUCUAGUCUGAAAGAGCUGGACCUGAGUACCAAUGAUCUGCAGGAUUCAGGAGUGAAGCUGCUCUCUGCUGGACUGGGGAGUCCACACUGUACACUGGAAACUCUCAGGUUGUCUGGCUGCCUGGUCACACAGGAAGGCUGUGCUUCUCUGGCCUCCGCUCUGAGCUCCAACCCCUCCCAUCUGAGAGAACUGGACCUGAACUACAAUCACCCAGGAGACUCAGGAGCGACGCUGCUCUCUGCUGGACUGGAGGAUCCACGCUGGAAACUGGACAGUCUCAGUGUGGAGCACGGUGGAGUGUGGAGGCUGAAACCAGCUCUAAAGAAGUAUGCCUGUGAACUCACACUGGACCCAAACACAGCCCACAGACUAUUCUCACUGUCUGAGGAGAACAGAAAGGUGACGCGGGUUGAAGACGACCAGUCGUAUCCGGAUCACCCAGAGAGAUUUGACUCCUGCCCCCAGGUGUUGUGUAGAGAGGGUCUGACUGGCCGCUGUUACUGGGAGGUAGAGUGGGAAGGACAUGUUUAUAUUGGAGUGGCAUACAUAGGAAUCACAAGGAGAGGAGCGGGUAAUGACAGCUGGCUUGGAUGGAACAACAAGUCCUUGGUUCUUGUUUUUUGUGAUGAUGGCUACUGCGCCCGUCACAACGGUAGUCAAACAGCCGUACCCCUCCCCCCCGCUCGCUCUAACAGAGUAGGAGUGUAUCUGGACCGGCCCGCUGGCUCUCUGUCCUUCUACAGUGUGUCCCCAGGUGGAGGAGGGUCCUCAGACACACUGACACACCUCCACACCUUCCAGUCCACCUUCACCCAGGAGGUCCUCCUCCCUGGGUUUCUGUUAAAUAAGACUGGUUCCUCAGUGUCUCUGUGUCCAUUGUAGUUACACACACAUACACACACAAACACACAUCGUUCAUGGAUCUAUAAAAAGAUACACACAUGUACACAUAGACCCAUAGAAACACACACACACAGACACAAACAUAAAACAGACACACAAACACACACAUAUGUACAUAAACUAGAUGCACACACCCAUCGUUCAUUAAUCUAUAAACACACACACACACACACACACACACACACACACACACACACACACACACAUAAAAACACACACACGUGCACAGACAUACGUACACAUACACACACUCAUCGUUUAUUGAUCUAAACACUGCCACACAGUUCUGUGUGGCAGUGGUAAGCAGCAGGUAACAUCAGAGUCUCUCGGUGGUUCAUCUCUCAGCCCUCUCUGUGUUCAGCUUGGCUGCUGAGCGUCAGUUAGUAAGAGUAAGUUCAAUUUAUUUAUAAUAGUACAUUUAUAACAGUUUGCACUGACCAAAGUGCUGUACAUAGUGCAUUCAGUAGGCAAACAUGAAGGCAAAAUAACAUUAGAAUGAAAUAAAAAUUAAAAUGAACUACAUAAAACCCGGACAUUCACACAAACAAAGGCAGUAGUGUAGAGGUCAGAUAGUUAAUGGGGAGGGAAAGCAAGGUUGUAUAGAUGGGUUUUGAGCCUUGAUUUAAAGUCAUAAAUGGAGGGGGAAUCACGUAUGUCGGGUUGCAGUUGGUUCCACAAGCGCGGAGCAGCUACUGCGAAGGCCCGGCCACCUUUUUGUUUGAGUCUAGAGCGGGACAGCCAGUGAGAGGAAGCAAGAACGGGUGUGAUAUGCUCCCACUUCUUUGAUCAACAGUCUUGCUGCUGCAUUUUGAACUAUUUGGAGGCGUGAUAUGAGGGACUGAGGGAGAUCAAGGUAGAGGGAGUUACAGUAAUCCAGCCGUGAUGUUAUGAAAGCAUGGAUAACUCUUUCCAGAUUGUGGUAUGAUAGGGAGUGUUUUAUUUUAGAGAUGGUUCUGAGACCCCUCUAAUCUGGUUCUCAGAUUAGAGGGGGCCGCUUGGGUCUGGGGGGUCCUCACAGUCCUGACGUUAUUGAGGACCAGCUGUUAGGGGGACGUUUGAAUACAUGUGGACCCAUGGACGUACCUGUAGUGCAUCGGGUUGUUGAGCAGAAGCUGUUGGUGCUCUGAGGGGUCAACCCGUUCAGUGGAAGUACAACACUUUGUGUUUGAUUUAAAUACUCCACUGAACUCCAAAUGCAGCAUUUUAUUGGGCUUCUGAAAGGUUCAGCACAAACCAUGAAAGGACUUUUAAGAUCUUCCUUUAGGUUAAGCAUGUUGUAUUUACUUUCUAAUGUAAAAUGUGUUUUAAUUGUUGAUUGAUGGUACAUUAUUGCACUACAAUAUUGUAUCUAUUUUCAACUGUAUGAAAGGAAUCCGAUAGAUUUUAUUUUGCCAUGCCUGACAUGGAAGCUGAUUAAAAGCAGAUUUAACCUCACAAUCAUAAAUUAUGAUAAGUGUUCUAUGGGAAAGGGUAAAGAUGUUCAUGUUGUGAAUGACUUUAAACUGAAGAUCUUUGUGUCCUGUUGGGAACAACAAGUCAACAUGUUCAGAUAUUAAAGAUACAGGCUCCUGUUCAUGAUUUUAAUUGUUCAUAAAGCAUAAUGUCAAACAACUCAGUCGAUCAACUGAACGUUUUAGUGUGUUCAGAUGAUUCUUCCCGUUUGUUCUGUUGAAAUCCUCCAAGUCUUCUGGAGACGUUUCCUCAAACCCAACAGUGGAGUCUCCAUUCACCCCUUCAGUGUGGAGGGAGGAUAUUACCACACACACACACACACACACACACACACACACACACACACACACACACACACACACACACACACACACACACACACACGGAGUGGAGUCUGACUUUUUUAACCACACACGCAUAUACAAAAACAAAAAGUAAGUAAUAUAGUCAACUAUAUACAUACACACACUCACAUACACACAUGAACAUACGCACACAUAUUACAGAGUUACAAUUAAGUUGUUAUAUAACUGGCAUCAGAGUUAGUCAGAAGCUUCUACUGCUAACCCUCCAACGUGUUUCAGGACAUGGGUUUAACUUAUCUAAAUCACAUACAGUUCAAGUUAUGUGAGGGCGCACCAUCAGUGAUGGAUGGAUCCAACACCAGUCAGAAACCAGUCUGACCCCAGUGAGACGCCAGUAAGACACCAGUCAGACGCCAUUCUUCCAGUGCAAACAGAAAGAACUGAGGCCUCCUCAGUGCUGCCCCUGCUGGCCGGACCUCCACACUGCAGUCAAACCCAGGGCUCCAGUCCCCCUGAAUCCAACAUAGCCCUAGUAGCGACCUCAGCGGUUCUGAGGAGGCUCCAUAAGGAGUGCGUUCAUCACUCGUGGUCGACAGUACCGCAUCCUGGUCUAGGAGAACCCUCCAGAUAUUCUUCAGCUCCUUGUUUAGAAUAGUAUGCAUUCUCCUCAGCCCUCUGGGACACAACAAAAAUCAAGCAGAACUUUACUCUGAACUAACUGAGGACAUCAGAAGCAUCUGUCCUAGAUUUACGUCCCGCUGGUCUAAAGAGAGAAGCCUGGAGACUAUUGGCUCGACAAGAGAUGCUUUUAAUGCUCAUGUAGAGCCAGGGGCACCACAACAGAUUGUGGGUCCUGUAAGACCCUGAAAGAAUAUAUUGGGUCUCCAACUGAGACCCCUCCAUCAAACCACUAACACCAGCCAAGAAAUUUAACUUAAAAAUCUCCCAUCUUCAUACUUGGCUGUUUAAAAUUGGUUGGUGCCUCUAUUAAAUUAUUUACGGUAGCCGGUAAUCAACUUGUGUGGACUUCCUAGAAAACAUGGACCCUACAGACUUGGAAAACAGUAUUUGUUAAUAAACUCCCGGUACGCUAACCAAGUUGUUGAUGCUUCGUUUUAUGUGUAGGCAUCCUAAUCAUGCUACUGCAGAGGUUUGGUGCCAUUUUGAGCAAUAUUAGUGGUUAAAAAAAUGCAGAUUUGGAAGUGUUACAUUGGGCUGUUACAUUGCUCCGGGCAACUUUGGGCAAGCUCUAUACUCGAUUAUCAACGGAAAAAGCUGUCUGAAGGGCUUAUUUUAUGGGUUUCCAUGCCGAAAAAGACACUGGGUUAAAUUUUCGCCUAAAAUACACUUUAAGGGACUGAAUUAAGCAGUUCAAUCAGGCCACUCACACAUAUUUUGGGAAUU